AUGUUUAACUCCCGUCUAGUAGCCUUCACGGCUGUUACUCUGGCUGUAUCCCUCGGAACAUCAUACUCCAUUAUAUAUGGCACCCAUCUCGACACCUCAGAUCCCCUCCUCGCCCAUCUCGCACAUCCUCUAGCGAAAACAGACUACUGGGCUCGCAAAUCCAACGUCUUGAAUGUAUACUUUAUCAAGAAAGCAUGGGGCUGGACUUCAGCUGCAUUUAUGCUUCUCUGGGCCACCAGCAAUCCUGCUGCCAGGUCGCUGUCGCGAGUAGUCCAAUGGUUAACCGCGACGGCGUGUUGGUUGACGUUCACGACGUGGUUCUUUGGACCUGCUGUCAUUGACAGAGUUAUCCUCGCAUCCGGAGGAGAAUGUUUUGUCCCCCUCCCUUCAGGCGAACUGAUAACAAUUCCCACUGAUUAUUGUCUCGCCAAAUCGACUGUCGCUCCAAGUAGUCAUCCAGACAUUUUCACAUCCUCGUUGGUACUUCCAGAAGGAUGGUCGGGGAUCCCCAGACUGAGAAGAGGACAUGAUGUUUCUGGGCAUAUCUUCCUUCUCACGAUGUCCAUCCUUUUUCUUGCAGACCAACUCUCUAUCUCACUGCGAUCUGGCCCGACAUCUAUCCGGCACAAGGUUGCCAUUUCAGCCAAUAUAGCUCUCAUAGGCAUCUGGCUUUUCGCUUCUGUCACAACUAGUGUUUACUUUCACUCCCCGUUCGAAAAACUUACGGGUUAUGCUUUAGGUCUGGUCGGGUUUGCGUUCACCCAAGCAUCUGUAUUCUCAUAA